GCGACACGGACAAGUUUCGCCAAACACCAAAACUGAUCGUGUUUCUGUUGCGCAAAUGUUCAGUGCUUUGCAAAAUGAGGUAAAUCGCCUCGAAACUAAUGUGUAUGAGUUUUAAGCUCUGAUGAGUGAUAAAAGACAGCGAGCGAGAGUCCAGGGCUCCUGGGCCAAACCUCUUCCCAAACCACAACAGCCAACCGCUCAGGAUGUCCAGUCAGUGUCAAGUUCAUGGAAAUAUGGACCACCAUCAUUUGAGUUCCAUCAGCCAACUGAUCCCAUCAGAGAGAUUCCCGCGGAGAAAGUGAUCGAAAAUGCCGGAGACUAUGAGAUUAGUCAAGGGCCUACUGGAGUGUCCAGACUGAGACUCAUACCAGGGUUUCUACAGCAGGAGGAGGCUGACUGGAUGUUUAGCAAGCUGUUCGCCGAACUGCCAUGGUCACAAAAGACCAAUUAUAGGAUGAUGGGUGAUGCAUAUGAGGAACCCAGACUCACUUGUUGGUAUGGAGAGCUGCCAUAUACAUAUUCACGCUCCACUAUGCAGGCCAACGCUCGGUGGCAUCCGGUUCUCAGCACUUUACGUCUGGCCGUCGAGGAGAAGAGCGGCCACACGUUUAACUCGCUGCUGUGUAACCUGUACCGGGAUGGUAAAGACAGCAUUGGCUGGCACAGCGACAACGAGCCGUCAUUAGGACCCCAGCCCGUCAUCGCCUCUCUGAGUCUGGGCGAUACUAGAGUGUUCAGUCUCCGAAAGCAGCCACGUCCUGAAGAUCAAGGAGACUACACCUAUGUGGAGUGCAUACGCAUCCCUCUGACCCACGGGACCCUCCUGCUCAUGGAGGGCUGUACACAGACCGACUGGCAGCAUCAGGUGGCAAAGGAGUACCAUGACCGCGGGCCUCGGAUAAACCUCACUUUCCGCACCAUACACCCAGAGCCUGAGCGUCCCAGCGGGAGAUUUGUGAGGUGAUCGCUGGGAGAAGAGAAGAAGAGAUCUGGAGAGGUCUGGAGAGGUCUGUGUCAGAGAACUAGUAACGACUUUACCGUCAAACACUUUCAUUCUGUUCAGUUUCAUCAUUUGUUUACUUGUGAUCGUUUGCUUUUGAUCGAAGACCCUGUUGAGUGGUAAGCCUGUCUGGCUAAGACGCACUUUUGUUUGCUUAAAUGAUUCUUCUCUCACAGCAAUUCUCCACAAAUUGCUUAUUAAAAAAAGUUAUUGGUGUUAUUUGUUUACGUUGAUUGGAGAAUAUACGUCAAGAAAACAGUGCCAAGUGGCCCAUAUUUCAGUUACGGCUCCCCAAAGGCUCUUUUUUUAGGUAAAUUGCUGUUUAAAUAUUACAUGUUGUGCAAUUUUUCAUUUAUAGCUUGUGGUGAAUAAACCUGAAUUGCAAACAUUUGUCCAAUGUCAUUACGGGGUUGGUUACACUUACCGGCCAAAAGUAGUUUUUUUUGUGGUUUUUGAAGCCUUUUAUGCUCACCGAGGCUGCUAUUUAAUCAAAAAUACUCUACAAGCAUUAAUAUUGUGGAAUAUUAUUACAGUUUAAAAUAACUUCUAUUUU